AUGGCGUUUGUCACAGCUAAUGAUCAAUACAGGACAGAGGAAAAGAUACAAUGCAAGACAGAAGUAAACAUACACGGAAUGGCUCUCAAGCGCUCUGUCUUCAAACGAUGGUCAGUGGCAGCUCCUCACCUCUGCGAUGUCAAAUGCGGACAAGAGAUCACCUGCCAAAGCUAUAACUACAAUAAAAAAUACCAAAUAUGUGAACUAAAUAACCGCACCAAGGAGGCGAGACCAGAGAAUUUCCUUUCAGCGCGCACGUGGUUUUACAUUCGACGCUUGAACGGCAGAGCUCCCUUGGGUUCUAUACCUGAAUUACCGGCGCUGUCCUGUCACGAAAUAAAGGCAAGUGAAGGAAACGAAAGUAUAAGCGGCAACUUUUGGCUGGAUCCGACUGGUACUGGGAAGGCAGUUUUGAUUGACUGUGAUAUGAUUACCGGGGAUAUGGAUGAAUGUAAAUCUGACAUCAGUGACUGCGAUGUGAAUGAAAACUGCACUAACACGGAAGGUUCUUACAAAUGCAAAUGUAAAGCUGGAUACACUGGUGAUGGACACUCUUGUUCAGCCGACCCAUGUUAUCAUUAUCAAAGUUUGAGUGAUGCCACUAGAAAGAGCAGUUACAUAACACCCCAGUACCAAGAGGUUUGUGACGACCAACUCCCUGAGGAAAGCUAUCGUUUUGUGGGAGCUGCGGGAACAAAAAUGCCAACAGCACGUGUACUCGCAUUUAGAUGCGGUACAUCCUGGUCAGGCUGGUUGGAUGGUGCUCAUCCUACAGUGGAAGAUGGUAGUGUCUCCAGGACGGUCUGCUUUAGUGAUCGUUAUUCUGGUUGUAAAGCCAUAAAGAAUAUUUCUGUGAUAAACUGUGGAUCUUACUUUAUCUACAAACUUUUUAGGCCACCAGAUUGUUAUAUGCGUUACUGUGCUACAGACUGA